AUGUUUGGAACAAUUUCUGAAGAGAUUGAAGUUCAUGUGCCAGCAAAUGAAGCUUGGAAAAUCUAUGGCACUAUUCAACUAGCACAUAUUGUAGUUAAAGAGCUUCCGAAUAUCGUUCAUAACGUCGAUAUACUUGAAGGUGAUGGUGGUGUUGAUUCAGUCCUCAGAGUAACAUUUCCACCAGGAACACCACUUUUGACAUCUCACAAAGAGAAAUUUGUUGUUAUUGAUGAUGAUAAGAGGGUGAAAAUAGCUCAAGUGGUGGAAGGUGGACUUCUUGAUCUUGGAUUUACACUUUAUAAAGUUAAGUUUGAAGUCAUAGAGAAAGGUAAAGAAACAUGUAUCACAAAAUCAACAAUUGAGUAUGAAGUCAAGGAAGAAGCAAUAGCUAAUGCCUCAUUUGUUAGUAUUCAACCCUUUGUGGCCAUAAUGAAUGUGGUUGCAAAGUGUCUAACUCAAGGCAAAGAUGGUCAAGCUUCCACCUAA